GUAACAAAUAGCGAAACAUGGAUGUGAUUCAUACUUCCUGUUGUUGUCAGCCCUGAUCCCUGAUUCAUAGGAUCAUGGUUGACCGAUUGGUAAACAGCGAAGCCAAUGCUAGGCGUAUUGGCAUGGUCGAAAACUGCUUUGGCAGUUCUGGUCAGCCACUUGCAGUACCUGGAAGAGUUUUAGUUGGAGAAGGUGUUCUAACAAAAAUGUGUAGAAAAAAACCAAAACCAAGACAGUUUUUCUUAUUUAACGAUAUAUUGGUUUAUGGAAACAUUGUAAUAAAUAAAAAAAAGUACAAUAAACAGCACAUUAUACCACUUGAAGAAGUUAAAUUGGAGUCUGUGGCCGACGAUGGUCAAUAUCGCAAUGGUUGGCUCAUAAAAACAGUAACAAAGUCAUUUGCUGUUUAUGCUGCCACUGCAACAGAGAAACAAGAAUGGAUGGCUCACAUUACAAAAUGUAUAGAGGAUUUAUUAAGAAAGAGUGGUAAAAAACCAGUCGAAGUUCAUGCAGCUGUAUGGGUACCAGAUAAUGACGCUACAAUCUGUAUGCACUGUAAUAAGACACAAUUUACAGUCUUAAAUAGACGACACCAUUGUAGACAGUGCGGAGCCGUGGUAUGUGGACCGUGCAGUAAUAAGAAGUUAUUACUGCCUGGACAAGGAAAUGGAAAAGCGGUUAGAGUCUGUUUACAAUGUUAUGAUGCAGCUAGUAAAGUAAAAGCAUCAUCUCCAACGACUGUUGACAAUCUAAAUAAUAAGGACCAACAACGCAAUUCUGCUGAUAGUUCGGGAGGGGACAGCUCUGGUGAUGAUGACGAUGAAAAUAAGGAAGAAAAGCAUGAUGAGCCUAAAUUUUACUCUCCGCUUGCCCCAUGAAGUCGACCACAUUAUUUUAAAAUAAAGAAAACUACGGACGGACAAAUUAUUCAAAUCGAUAUUUUUUAAAAUUAAUAACUUUAAAUUGUCAAUAUUUUAAACUUAUAGUAAUCUAAAAAUUAUUAACCUUUUUGGUACUUAUAGCAA